AUGGAAGUCAUCGGCUUAUUCCCUGCCACAUGCCCCUACUUGCACGCCGCUAUCUCGUUUCUACAGAGCAUUUCAACAUACACUACGAGGAAGAAAACCUUUUCUUCACGGGCCGACUACGACAUCGACAAAAGCACUGGGUUCCUUCCUCCUUCCCCUCUUCCGCGUCUGGCGGGUGAAUUCACCUUUUGGGAACUUGCUUUGAGCGAAGCUCAGACGGAAGUCUCUCUGUGGGACGACCAGUCUGAAGAAGCUUCGGUCAAGCGUACGUCGUCGAGAGCGUGGCGGAUGCGGAUUUUAUCUUGGCCCGUCGUUGACACAAAUGCGCUGCGGGGGAGCCUCCGGCGUCUCCAGCGAGCCCAUGUGGUUCUCGCUUAUCUGACCCAUUACUUCAUCCACUCUUCACCCCCAGCAGGUCCGGAUCUUCCUUUCCUGGUCCCAAAGGCACUCGCCGUCCCACUCGUUGCUGUCUCCCGUGAUCUUGGCAUUGCACCCGUUCUGACUUUCGCUGACACGGUGUUAUGGAAUUACGAGUUAAUUGACGCGGCCCAACCGACCUCAGCCAUCAACAUCCAUUACCCCAAUUGUUUUUCCGGUACCGAGGACGAGUCCCAUUUCUAUCGCACAUCCGCAAUUGUUGAACUCCGCGGAGUCGAAAUGCUGGAGAUCAUCGACGACUUCUUCUUGCUACCCGACGUGGAGGACUGUUCUGCGGUCUCCAGACUGUCGCAGAACCUCACAAGGCUCGUGGACAUUGUCGAAGAUAUCAGCGACAUCAUUCAGAGCGUCCGUGGAAAUGUGGACCCUCACGUUUUCUACAAUGAUAUCAGACCUUGGUUCAAAGGCAGCGACGCAAAUGGCCCAUCCAGUCCUGGCUGGGUCUACGAAGGUGUACCGGACUCGGACAUACUGGAUCUCAGUGGUCCGUCCGGAGCACAGAGCAGUAUUAUGCACGCUCUCGAUCUGUUCCUCGAUGUCGACCACAAGCUGAAGUUGCGGCGCUUUCCUCUGCCCUCCGGAGACAAUCUCCGGGCAGAGACUGGUUUCAUGGAACGCAUGCGGAGGUACAUGCCUGGGAAACACCGCGAUUAUCUACAUUCGCUUACUAACCGCUCCCGUUCGAUACGCGAAUUGGCCCAGCGGACACCGGCCCUGCGUGCGCCUUACGACAAUGCCGUCACGGCUCUCAAACAACUGCGGGACCUCCACAUGCGGAUCGCCUGUCUCUAUAUCAUUACCAUGUCGCGCUCCACUCGUCAUCUGUCGGAUGGAUGUCCUAUCUCCGCGAUGAUCACCAAAUUGGACAAAAGCCGUGGGACUGGAGGCAGCGAACUCGCCUUGCUACUGAAAGCCGGCCGCGAUGCAACACGGCGCAGCCUGCUGAGGGAGAUAUAUUAA